UGGAGCGUUCGGUGUCCGAUCGGACUGACUCGCAUGAAGUUUUGCACUCAGUUCCAACUGAGUUUCAUUCCGAGUCAUAUUCCAUCCAGUCUCGCAAAUUUUAAGCUACCAUAAUACGCUGCAAAACAAUUCACAAUGUUAAUAAUCAUAUGAUUCAGGCAAAACCCACCAAGAUUUUUGCGUAGGAAUCGAAUGGAUUUCUCAGAACAAGACGUAGAUAUCUUCGGCGGAGAAGAAGAGUACGAAGACGACGACCAAGGCAAACAAACCCACCACCACCACAACCAACGCAACCCAGAUGGGAAUCGUUCUUCUUCACCGUCAUCUCGGUCAUCUUCCUCCUCUGCAUCCUCGUCCUCGUCUUCCUCGGCUUCUUCUUCAUCCAACGGCAGCGAUGGAGGCGACACGGCCAGCAGCGCAGGCAGUGGAAGUGCCAGCAGUGGUGGAGGAGAACCAGAAGGUGAAGAGAAUGGCGAAGAGGUAGACAAUAACAACAACUACGGUAGUAGUCAUUUUGGGUACGAAGAGAAGGAUCUAUUUGGCUCUGAUAAUGAGGAUUACUGUAAAACCCAUGCUACCAGUCCUUUCCUUAUUCCGGUAUUGCCUGUGAUUCGCAAUACUAACAAUCCAACCAGAGGGGGUUUCGGACGUGGUCGUUGGCAAUCCGGGCAUCACAAUGAUAGAGGAGCUGGCCUCCUCCCUCGACCUGGGCCCUAUCCAGGGAGGCAUGGCUUUGGUUAUGGCCCAAAGUUUCCAAAUGGUCGUCAUGAUGAACGCUUUGUUUCAGAACUAAAGCUAUCAAAAAGUGAGGAAACAUUGUCAAGAAAAUGCAUUGCUUUUCAGGAACCAUGUGAGCUUGCAUGCUAUAGUCGGGUAGAAGGUGGAGAUGUCUACUUUGAUGAUCGAAGCUUGCGGCUUUUCAAGCGUUUUAUUACUGAAGACAUUGGAACCGAUCUCAAUGAUGGUUAUGAUACUUUUAUUGAGAAAAAAGAACUGGGCUCUCAGGGUUUUGGUGACCUUCUUUCCUGCAUAAGAGACAAAAAAAUUCCUCUUCAGAACAUUCAUUUUGUGACUUUCAGGAACAACCUUAAUAAGAUACUGGCCACUGCUUAUAUUCGAAAUGAACCUUGGGAAAUGGGGGUGCAUAAAAGGAAAGGUGUUGUCUAUCUUGAUGUGCAUAAGCUACCAGAAAGACCUCAAAGUGAUUUGGAUCGUCGAAGGUGUUAUUGGGGAUAUUGUUUUGAGACCCUCGCCACUGAAGAUCCAAGAAGAGCUGAUGGGGAAGGCAUACAUCACGUUGAUGCUAAUGUUGAAUACUGUUCUGUGAUUAAAACCAAAUUAGGGGCUCAUCGUAUUCUGAUGGGUGCUGAGAUGGAUUGCUGUGAUUCAACUGAUGAUGGAAGGAGGUUUUAUGUGGAGCUAAAGACGAGUCGUGAGCUGGAUUAUCAUACUGAAGAAAGAUAUGAGAGAGAGAAACUUCUCAAAUUUUGGAUACAAUCAUUCUUAGCAGGUGUUCCCUAUAUUGUCAUUGGAUUCAGAGAUGAUAGGGGCAAGCUUGUUCGGACAGAGAGAUUAAGAACCAAAGACAUAACGCAGAGAGUGAAAAUGAAGAACUAUUGGCAGGGAGGAGUCUGCUUAGCAUUCGCUGAUGAGGUGCUGUGCUGGCUCUAUGGAACAGUUAAAGAGAAUGAAGAUUACAUAUUGCAGUUUGCUCAUCCUUUCACUCGUUUGGAGCUUCUACAUGCCCAAUGUUGCCCAGAAGCAAUCACUAACCACGUUGAGCAAUUGUAAACUAGUAAUAUUUCAAAUAGAUAAUAUUUUUUUACUUUUUAUUUCUAUAUACAUUGACAAGCUAGAAGGGGGUAAAGGUUAUAUGAUAAAAAUUUUGUUAUUUUCAAAGUUGUAAUUUUGACACAGAGAAAACACAUUAUCACAUAAUAUGUAAAACCAACACCCCUCAUUCUUGUUGAAAACUUGUUAACGAUGAGAAUUACAUUAUACUUUUUUGCAAUA